AUAAAGGAGAGGGGAAAAGCCAAAAAGCAUAAUACCACCUCUUUAACUGUGAAGGGCGAAACAAGUAGCUAGAAAUGAGCUUUGAUGUCAUCAACAGGUCCAUGCUGAUGACAGCAUGCGAUCUGGGUGCCGUCACUCGUCCUUGGAAGAUAUCCAAACAGGUCGCAGAGCUGGUGACGAGUGAAUUCUUUGAACAAGGGGACAGAGAGAGGUCUGAGCUUAAGUUGACCCCAGCGGCCAUAUUUGACCGUAAUCGCAAAGAUGAACUACCUGCCUUACAGCUGGAGUGGAUAGAUGGGAUAUGUAAACCCCUUUACCAGGCACUGCUGAAGCUAAACAGGAAGUUGCAGCCAAUGCUUGAUGGGAUCGACGCCAAUCGAAAUAAAUGGCAGCACCUCUGCUCAUCCUAUCAGCAGACACGCAGAGCCUCAGUGUCAAGUCAGAGUGUUGAAUUAGAUGAGCAUCCUGAGUCCCAUGAGGACGCAGAAUCUAAUCCAUACCCCGACUCCACAGAUACUCUGAAGCCAGUUGAAAGCACCAAGUUUGGGUCAUUGUCUAAGUGCAGUCAGGAUCUGAGGUGCAGAGAGAACAAAGGUUCCUGUGAUGAUAAACUGGCAAUAUAACCUCUACAGGGAAGAUGUAAGUAAGUGUUAAGUGUUGGGACUCUUCCUAUACCAUGUGAUUUUGUAACACAAAAAUAAUUUUUAAAAAUCUGGGUAAAUGAAAUCCAGUUUUCAUCUGCUGAGCACAUUGCUUCUCCCAAGUGUCACUGUGUUAAACUCAGGAGCUUGAAUAAUUCCAGUUGGUCAAACUCUAUUUUAAGGACAGUUCCCCUUCGAGGGAACUCGAACUGCGUCUGUGACGACACUAUGGGAACCCCUUUGGGCGUGGCAGGGCUGAAUUAUGAAUGAAACU